AUGGAGCCGAUCACCAAGUGGACCCCAAAGCUGGUUGUGGAGUGGAUGAAAGGUUUGGACGACGGCUUGCAACAGUACAUCAACAACUUUGAGCGGGAGAAGAUCAGCGGUGAGCAGUUGUUGAAGAUCACGCAUCAGGACUUGGAGGAGCUGGGAGUCGCCCGGAUCGGUCAUCAAGAGCUGGUCCUGGAAGCUGUGGACCUUCUCUGUGCUCUGAAUUAUGGCGUGGAGACGGACAACCUGAAGAACUUGGUCAUGAGGAUGCGAGCUGCCACCAAUAGCCUUCACAUGGCCACGUCAGAUCGUAGGAAAAGCCCGGCUUAUGAUGGCACCAAUCCACGCAAACCACCAAAUGACUUUCUCACUUCUGUGGUGGAGCUGAUCGGGGCUGCUAAGAGUCUGCUGGCAUGGCUUGACAGGACGCCCCUGAGUGGAAUCAGUGACUUCACCUCCACCAAAAACCAAAUCAUUCAGUUGUGCCUGGAGCUGACAACCACAGUUCAACAGGACUGCAGUGUUUUUGACAUGGAAGAAAAGAUCCUCGGAGUUUCAAAGAUUCUAAACAACAUCUGCGACCAAACCGUGAGAACCACGUCAGACCCCCUGAUGAGCCAGUCUGCCUGCUUGGAGGAGGUUCAGCUGACCAACAUCAACCCCGGAGAGGGUCUGGGUAUGUACAUAAAGUCUACCUACGACGGACUGCAUGUCAUCACUGGGACCACGGAGCAUUCACCCGCAGACUUGAGCCGUAAAAUCCAUGCCGGUGACGAAGUGAUCCAAGUAAAUCAACAAACAGUGGUGGGCUGGCAGCUGAAGAACCUCGUCAUGAAACUGAGGGAGGACCCUAAAGGAGUGGUGCUGCUGCUGAAGAAGAGACCUACAGGGACGUCAGGCUUCACCCCGGCCCCUCUCAAGAACAUGCGCUGGAAGCCCCCUGUGCCGCAGAAUAAUACGGCUCUAAUCAGAGGCCAGUCCCCGUGUAACUCUGCCAACGGAUCGGCCAAAAAGGAGAAGCCUGCCAUUUUGGAUCUGUACAUUCCCCCGCCUCCUCAAGUGCCAUACAGCCCCAGAGAGAACAGAGUGGACACUUUCUCCAGCAUCACGAAGAGACCAAAGGGCUCUGAGUCACCAAAUUCGUAUUUAGACCAAGAAGGCAAAACGCUUUACAGUUUGGGAGAAUAUGACAAGUUAAGCGUGCCCAUAGAGGCUAAAGUAGUGCAGCCAAGACGCCGGGAGCACAAACCAUCAAGAGGCAAGCCGAGGCCUCUCUCCAUGCCUGUAGAUACUUGUGUUGGGCUGUAUGAUCCUUAUGCUAAACCAUGGGCUCAAGGAAGAAAAGAUCUACUCUACAGAUACCUCAGCAACGAACGGAUCCCCACCAUCGCGGAGGAGGUGCCGUCCCUGUCGCCGUCCUACAGGCCGACGGGGGAUCGACAGCUGGUCAGAGUGGACCAUAUCAGGGGCAGCCGCUACUACUCCAACUCAGACCUGCACAACAGCGCCACCAUCCCCUAUCAGGAGGACAUCAAAAAAGCCCCCGUUACUCAGGACCUCGACUGGCAUUCUAGCAGUGACUUCCUGAACCGAUAUAACCAGCCCCAAAUCCGUUCCUGGUCUUUCUCCCAAGCGGCUGCCUUUCCCAUAUCUGUGUCCUCACCUAUGGCUGCUGAUGACUACAACCCAGUUUCACUUCGACAUAAAUCAAAGAAAAAGAGUCGAGGAGGCAAUGGUACAAUGAGCAGGAGGAGGAUCUCGGUCAAAGAGCUUGGACAGUCCGAACACCAGGGAUGGCUCUAUAGGAAGAAGGAGUCCAAAGGGUUUCUGGGCAUCAAGUGGAAGAAAUAUUGGUUUGUCCUCAAAAAGACGAACCUCUACUGGUACAACAAUCAGCUGGCUGAAAAGGCUGAGGGAUAUAUUAACCUCACAAACUUCAUGAUAGACAGAGCCAUAGAGUGCAAAAAGAAACAUGCAUUCAAAGCCUGUCACCCACGGGUAAUGAUGUUCUUUUUCGCCGCAGAGAGCCAUGAGGAAAUGACUUUAUGGUUGAAUAAACUGGGGUUAGCUUCCAUUCAUUAUGAGUCAGCUGAACCUCCCACAGUAGCUGAAUGUUAUAGUGAAGCUAGUGACCAUGAAGAGACUGAGAUCACUGAAAUCCCGCCCCCGCCAUACUGUGAGAAAAAGUUACAAGAACGUGUCGAUGCUGCUUCUCCCCCUGGCAGCACCAAUCAGGGUACACUUCCUCCACCAUACUCCUCCACCGCUCCGAGUGAAGCCAAUGGUUCAGUCUCAACACCUGCAAGCACAAUGACCUCCCUGGACUCUGCCUCCUCACUGGUUAAACAGCGGCAGUCCUGGAUGGACUUGGUCACACAGGCGCCACCUUCUACUGCAGAGAGUGCAAUAGUGUGUUCAGUGCAGGUACACUCGCAGUAUGAGGAGGAGGAGCAGGAGGAAGAUGCAGCUACUUUACAGCCUAAAGCAGCAUCUGAGGAGGAAGGUCACUGCUCCAGUCAGGAACAGCAGGAACAAGAUAAACACAGUCUAUCAGAUGAGCUGGAGAAGCUGUACAUCCAUCUCAAAGAAGCGAGUCUUUCACCAAUCGGGGACCGAAAACCAUCCACAAAAAGGGAAUUCCGAGCGUCCUUUAUAAAACGGUCCAAAAAUCAUACGGUUAAUGAUAAACUUCACCUCAUCAGAACACUCAACAGCACAUUGAAGUCAAAAGAAGCAGAUUUGCAGGUCCUUGAGCAAUUGCUAACGGAGCCCCAGCUCACAGCAGAGAAGUUCAGAGAAUGGAAAGAAGCAAAUGCCCCCCUAAUGCUGGAAAUCUGCUGCAAAAACGGCCAGCAGGGGGCGCCAGAGGACACAAACUCUGAAACAUCCGAGACGCCACUUGUUGAGACGAGUUUAUGA